CACCCUCUAGCCACACACUUGGCUUCUAGCCCUGGUGGCGCCUCAAGGCGCGUGGGUGUCUCUGGCAUGUUGACAGACAGCCUCCUACCCCACCUAGCUGGAUCUGUGACUCCAGUUUUCACAGGCCUGCUAGGGUGUGAGGUGUUCCUUCUCAGCUUCCAAAUCUGGGACUGCCGGGGGUUAUGGGGUUGGCCUAGAGACCUAGGACCUAGGACCUGAGUAGCUGAUGCUUUGCGGCUGGUGUUGGAGAAGCAGCAGGAAUUGGCGGAGCAGGUCUUUCUUGAUUUCUCAGCCUUUUUCUCUGAGGGAAUACAGCUGAAGGAAGAAUGAGAAGUUGGCCCUUUCAUUACAGUGUUGAGGAGGCUAGGGGCUUUUGUCCUGAUUCUCAGUUAAUGGAAGUGGCUUAGCAUAUGCUCUGUCCCUUGCCCUCUUGGGUCUCUGGAAUGGGAGCCAGUUCUGGAAUCCACUCCAUGGAAGGGGUGGAUCCCAUUGUAGCCCAGCCCCUUCCUGGUCCAGGGCAUCAAAUACCUGAGUGCUUUGAAAUUAGAGCUAUUGUAGGUCCAAGACUGCAGUUCAUCUUGAGCCAUCUUAGGCUCUCCGUCUGGACUGAAUCUCACUGACUCGAGACCUUUGAGUUUUUGACACCACUUUAUUCACAGCCCAGGUAAGUCCAAGGGCUGGGCUGGGCCGGAGGCUGCAUGGGAAUAGAAUCUUUCCAUCUUUGCAAUAUCACUGUCCCCAUACACACUGGAGACACAUGGAGUGUGUCAGGACGCAGGCCAAUCCUGAGUGACAGAUCUAGUUGGUUGUAGACACGCUAUGAUCUGGUAUGGUAUGGGUUGGUGUUACUCCGGGACAUUCCUGUCUCCAGGUUUUGUGCUUUGCCAUGGGUUGGCCCUGGGCCCCACUGACAGCAGUUUGGGCACUGGGGAUCCUGCGGGCCACAGCACUGCGCAUUGGAGCCUUCAAUGUUCAGAGCUUCGGAGAUAACAAAGCAUCAGAUCCAGACUGUGGCAGUGUCAUAGCACAGAUCCUGGCUGGCUACGACAUCGUCCUGGUGCAAGAGGUGCGAGACCCAGACCUAAGUGCAGUGUCCUUGCUCAUGGAGCAAAUUAACAGAGUGUCCAAGCACGAGUACAGCUUUGUGAGCAGCAAGCCACUUGGACGUGACCAGUACAAGGAGAUGUAUCUGUUUGUCUACAGGAAAGAUGCAGUGUCAGUGGUGAGCACGUACCAGUACCCAGACCCAGAGGAUGCUUUCAGCCGGGAGCCUUUUGUGGUCAAAUUCUCAGUUCCUAGCUGUGCCGCCAAGGAGCUAGUGCUGAUUCCCCUCCAUGCAGCACCACACCAGGCGGUGGCCGAGAUCGAUGCCCUCUACGAUGUGUACCUUGAUGUGAUUGACAAGUGGAAUACCAAUGACAUGCUGUUUCUGGGUGACUUUAAUGCGGACUGCAAGUACGUGAAGGCGCAUGACUGGCCAUCCAUCCGCCUUCGAAGCAGCGAGGUGUUUAAGUGGCUCAUCCCGGACAGUGCAGACACCACAGUGGGCAACUCAGACUGUGCCUAUGACCGGAUUGUAGUGAGUGGUGCCCAUCUACGCAGGAGCCUGAAGCCCCAGUCAGCCUCAGUUCACAAUUUUCAGGAGGAAUUUGACCUCGAUCAGAGCCAGGUGAGUGUGGCUAGGACUGCAGCAGACACACUAGCCAGCCCCCUCAGGAGAGGACUCACAGAAAUGCUCACUUGCCGUGAGUUUACACUGGUGCUUGUUCUAGCAAAAGCAUUAAUAGCCGAGGAUCCUUAGAAUGCCAAGCGCCCAGGAAGGGAUUGUGGGCACAUCUCUGUUUCUGCCACUUGGAGGCAGUAUGAGGCCCCAGGGUGGCUACCAGGCCUUUACUGCCUCCUUGGUGGUAGUGGUGGGUACGGGGCAGCUAGAGGCCACGCUGCCCUCUGCCCCUGGGGCUCUCCCUCUCUCCUUCCAGGCUCUUGCCAUCAGCGACCAUUUUCCUGUGGAGGUGACUUUCAAGCCUCACUGACAGCCAAGGCCUCAGGAUAUGCCACCUGCAGACGAUUACCACAAGGAAUGGCACCGUAGUGAAUCAUUCCAGGUGGCAGGACACCCACCCACUGAGGACACAGGGUGGGACCAGCUGGCGUGGACAAUGGCUAUGAAGACAUUACAGGAUUCCUUAACGCUCCCAUUUCCUCAUCUGCAAGGUGAUCUGACAUCACCCGCCCCACUGGGCUGCUGUGAGGAGAACCCAGGAAAGGCUCCAGAGCAGCCUGGACCGAGCACACAGCUGCAUGCUUAAUAAACCAGCCACUCUUGGCCAGGACUGCCCACAGGGCGGACGAGGCCUCUGUGCUUCUGAGACCUCUGAACCUAGGCUGCAGAGCUUGGUCUUAACACCCAGUGGGUCUGUUUCCAUUGUUGUCAGGAAGUGGGUGGCUGAGCGUGUUCAUCUCCCAGCCUGGAGGACACUGGCUCCUCAACAGCGUGCCAGGUCCCGCUCCUUAUUUCCUUUGUGCAAACAUCACUCCAGUGGCAGCUCAGGUGGGAAUGUCUCUCUGGACUCCACUGGAUUUGAGAGCAGGCCCAUGGCCAUUUUGCCCCCAGGGAUCCUAAGGCCUUCCUCUGAGGCAGAGGGUGUGCUCUCACAUAGCACUGUUGGCAGCAACAGAGGCUACAGUGCUUGGCACUAAGUCCUGCCCGGCCUGCACUCUGCUUAGGUUGAGCCAUUCAGAGGUGCCUUAUGCAGUAUUUUCCUUAAAAUCUUGGGCUGAGCCGGGCAGUGGUGGUGCACACCUGUAAUCCCAGCACUCUGGGAGGCAGAGGCAGGCGGAUUUCUGAGUUCGAGGCCAGCCUGGUCUACAGAGUGAGUUCCAGGACAGCCAGGGCUACACAGAAAAACCCUGUCUCGAAAAAACCAAAUCCAAAAAACAAACAAAAAAAAUCUUGGGCUGAGUAAGGCCUUGGGAGGAUGGAGAGUUUAUGCUCAGGUGGGCCAUCACUUUAGGAGCAGGAAAUAGCUCUGUAGACACAAGGCUCUCGUGAAGUUUCUGGUUGUUAAAACUUGUUAUCUGUGUGUGUGUGUGUAUGUGUGCACACGCACGUGCGACUUGGAAGCCAAAGGUCAAUAAAACCUUUAUAGUGA